AUGCACGCGCAUACGCAUGACCUGCGGAACGAGACACCUGUUCAAGUUGCCAUUGGCUGCACGAAGGCUCUUCCACGUCCAAUCAAAUGUCGCCGAAAACAGAGACAGACAGCAUCCAUCCAUCUAUCUAUCUGGGAGAAUCUAGAUAAAUGGAUGGCUGCUGUCUAUCUGGGUGAAGCUAGAUGGAUGGACGGCAGCCAUCCAUCCAUCCAUCUGGGUGAAGCUAGAUGGAUGGACGGCGGCCGUCCACCCAUCCAUCCGGGUAAAGCUAGAUGGAUGGACAGCGGCCGUCCACCCAUCCAUCCGGGUAAAGCUAGAUGGAUAGACACGGCCGUCCACCCAUCCAUCCGGGGUAAAGCUAGAUGGAUAGACAGCGGCCGUCCACACAUCCAUCCGUGUAAAGCAAGAUGGAUGGACAGCGGCCGUCCACCCAUCCAUCCGGGUAAAGCUAGAUGGAUAGACACGGCCGUCCACCCAUCCAUCCGGCUAGAUGGAUGGACGGCAUCCAUCCAUCCGGGUAAAGCUAGAUGGAUGGACAGCGGCCGUCCACAUAUCCAUCCGGAUGAAGCUAGAUGGAUGGACAGCGGCCGUCCACAUAUCCAUCCGGAUGAAGCUAGAUGGAUGAACAGCGGCCGUCCACCCAUCCAUCCGGGUAAAGCUAGAUGGAUGGACAGCGGCCGUCCACCCAUCCAUCCGGGUAAAGCUAGAUGGAUGGACGGCGGCCUAUCUAGGUCGAAUCAGGAUAAUUAA